GUAUAACUCAAUCAUAAUGCCGGACUGUACAUUAUUCCAUAUUUAUGCACAAUGUAACAAAGAAACUGAAAGAUUUCAGAAAAUGAAGAAAUGGAUAGUGUUCAAUUAUUUGAUGCUUUUGAAAAUAUAUUACAUAUUCAAAUGCCCAACCAUGAAUUUGAAGUGUUAUUUAAAAAGAUGAACUUAAAAAGAGAUGGAACUGUUACAUGGGAUGAAUUUAUUUCUUAUUUGUUAGUAGAGUUUCAAAAGAAAGAUGCUGCUUUACAAUGGAAAAUAUUAAAACUUCCUAUAACAGGAAUUCCUCAACUUUUAAAGUCCCGACAUCGUACAUCCAUAUAUAAAAUAGUUUUUUGUCCUGAAGUUUUAUCUUUAGGAUAGAACUGCAAGUUUCCAUAGAGGAUGUUAUUUAACAAUAACUAGAGAAGGAAUUAUCAAUUAUUGGUCAUUAGAUUU